CAAUCUCACCAGAACUGUUAACAGCACAGAGUCUCAGUCUCUCAGUGUAACUGUGUAAGAGUUCAAGAGAAGUGGAAGAAGAACAUGCCUAGAAGCGGGUUUUCAGGGUCUCUUUCCGGGCCGAAGGUUGAUGUGACCAUUGACAUGGGUAACCCAUUGCUCAAUGUCACCGUCGAUGGUUUCUUAAAGAUCGGAACCGUUGCAGCUACCAGAGCUGCUGCAGAGGAUGCUUACCAUGCCGUCAAGAAAGGGAGCAUUUCAAGUCACGACUUUGAGCACACUUUGAAGAAGAUGUGUAAAGAAGGUGCAUAUUGGGGAACUGUUGCUGGAGUUUAUGUGGGAGCAGAGUAUGGUGUAGAGAGGAUUCGUGGCAGAAGAGACUGGAAGAAUGCCAUGAUUGGGGGUGCAGUGACAGGAGCUGUAAUAUCUGCAGCCACCAGCAAUAACAAGGACAAGAUUCUGGUCGAUGCAAUCACAGGUGGUGCCAUUGCAACUGCUGCAGAAUUCAUCAACUAUCUCAUCUGAACGUGGAACUAACAUUCUACACAAUCUCUCUGUAGAUUCUGUAGAAGUAUGAGGUUUCUUGUAUCAUCUUCCUUUGUGAAAUUGUUUAUUGUAAAAAGAAUGAUGCAAGGUUUCUUCAGCCGAACUGAAGUUUUAUCCAAUGGAUUUUGAAUCAUGUUUUAUUA